AUGGCCGCUCCUGAGAAGCUAAAGAAACCAAAAACAGAGAGAUGUGACGAAGGUGAAGAUACUGAAACAUGUGAAACUGAAAAUGAACAAGAUGACGCCAAACAAGUUGAACAAAAUAUUAUAACAAAAAAUCGAGAAGUAAAUUUACAAGCUUACAGAGAUCUUUUAAACGAAAGUAUGUUUCUACAAAUAAGGAAUAAUGUCCUACAUCGUAGACUUGCCGAAUAUUAUAGGAAGCGCGAGCUCGACCAUGUAUUUAAACCGUUUCAAGGUACGGCAGAUUUAGAAAAAAAAUAUCAACAGAAACUGAUGUCAUAUGAAGAACUUAAAGAAAAAACGGAAAGAGAAAUCAUAGAUAUGCGAUCAAAAACUUGUGCAGUAGAAAACAAUAUUAUAGGAAGACUUGAAGGGGCCGAGAAAAAAUUCAUUGCAUUCCAAAAUCUAGAAAGGAGUAUCGGUACGGGUCUUAUUUAUUCUGAAAAAGGCAAACCAAUCGCUGAUAAGACAGUUUCAAGAUUCAUUACAUUGCAAGCUCAGAAAAGUGAACAGGCUUCUACACUUUCUCUAAGAUACAUAAGGGCUCGAAACGCUGUUGCUGAAUUGGAAGCUGUAGUAAGGAAACUAGAAAUUAUGGGGCCUGGUCUUUCUGUACAUCAAUAUGAGCAGCUCAAUAUUGAAAACAAAAAUUUUAAAAAUAAAAUUGAAGAACGUGAAGAUGAACUCAUAAAAAAUCGCGCAAAAUGCACAGGACAUAACCAAAUUUUGGCUCAUAUAAGAGAAAAAAUGCAUCAGACGGAAGAGCUCAUUGACAUAUCUGAGUGUGAUCUUGGAGACUUUGAAAUUGAAUAUAAAAAUUGUAGAGGACAUCUUGGCGAGGCAAAGAUGAAACGUAAUAGACUCCGAUGGUUGUUAGAAGCGGAACAGAAAAAGGCAGGCUUGCUUACUAGAAAGGAUUUAUUGCGCGAUUUUCAAAAUGCCAGAGAUGAGGUGGUGACUUUACAAAAAGCUAAGGAGGCCUUACAGUCUCAGAUAGUUAGUACUAGUCGCCAGCUAAGAGAAGCUCGAAACAACACGUAUUUUUAA